AUUUCUCGCCGUUCUCCGUUGUUCGCCACUGCCAGGAGCGACCAACACGACUUGAGCUACGCACACGAGUCGCACUCGUCCCGCCGACCCUCCUUCCUCCGGACAGCUUCCCCGGUUCUCCUCUACCCUGGUUUUCCUGCAGAUGUGUACAGCACCAAGUCGCGUGCUUGAGAUACCGCAUCUCCUUGAACAGAUUCUAGGGCAGUUUGCGCCCCAAUGGACAGACGAGCCGGAGCUCAUUGUGAUGCGGAGGAGAGAUGGAAGAAAGGCCAGAGAUGAGCGCAGGACUCUGACGGAGCUAGCAUGCGUAUCCAAGGGGUUCAUGGGUCCCGCGCUCGACAUUCUAUGGCGAAACCUGGACGAUCUUGCUGCUUUGUUGCGUAUAUUGCCUUCCUUCCAACUAAGCGGUUCUUGGUAUACGAUCACCGAGGAUAUCACGCCCAAGCAGUGGUCGCGCUUCCAGGAGUACGCGAGGCGUGUUCGCGGCCUGAGGUGGAUUCACUUUAUCGCGUCCACAAUGAUGGACAUUGUUUGGGUCAUUCUCGAACGUCAUUCAGCCGACCAACCUCUAUUACCACGCCUCCACACCCUUGUAGUGCACGGAGUCGACGUGAGCAAGCCGGCCCCACUAUCGCUCUUGCUCUCACCCUCUAUCCGAACGCUCAGGAUGUCGUUCGCAGAUGGACCAAUCCGCCCCGGGGCGCGAACGAAUCCGUUUCUGAGGCAAUCAGCCACUGGCGUCCUCAUUCAGCUCGUUGUCGCGGCACUACCGGACCUGUCUAGCUUCUCCAUAGACUCUGGCAUGCCGAGCGAUGUUCCUUCGCGCUACCUGACUUCCCUCACGCAACUCCAUCGCCUUGAGAGACUCGAGCUAGUGUACUCCAACGCUGUCGUCGACCACCAAGUGUUACAGCACAUAUCUCACAUGACAUCUCUCAAGGCCCUCGAUUUGAAGAUUUCUUUCAAUGGGCUGAGUAACUCGGACCGCUUGCACCUCGGCGAAGCAUUUACCGGUUUGGAAGAACUCAAUGUCUCCGGAAGUGCCCACGACAUUCAACGGCUCUUCGAAUCUGACGCGGUUCGAUGUCCCAACCUUACAAGUCUCUGCCUAACGGGGUUAGAGACCGUCUCGACGGAGGCUCUGAAGGACGCCGUCGCGGCCGCGUGCAAGAAGCUCUCCCAAUCUCUGAACGAGGUUAACAUGUUUGUGUCCGGAGACACGUUCUCUACGACCCUCUCCCUGAUGGACGUCCUGCAACCAUACUUGUCCUUCCGCGAGAUGGAGAACAUGAGCAUCGAGCUCGACGGGUGUAUCCCCCGCAUGGACGAUGAAGCCGCCCUUGCAUGUGCAAGUGCCUGGCCAGACCUUCACUCCUUCAGUGCGCACUAUGGCCCGGCAUCGCGUCGUCCCGCUCAGUUCCCGAAGCAGCCAACAGUUGCCGCGCUUAUCGAGUUCGCGCGGCGAUGUCCUCGGCUAGACUUCCUUACUCUGUCCAUAUUGGAUGUCAGGACCCUUCCACCGCCGCGCUCGGUGGCUCCGAUCGGCCAGGAGUCACUCAGUCUCCUGCAGACCAGGAUGUACAUCGGGGGAAAGACCGCGAAUUUGCUUGACCUCGCAAUUAUCCUCGAUCUCCUAUUUCCCCGUCUCGGGACACGACAACCCAGCAUUAGCACCACGCAAACCGACGUGACCCGGAAUAUCUUGAAUGGUGACAUGCACGAGGCACCCGUGCGCAUGACCCAGCUAUUGCUGGCGGCGAUGUGUGCUCGCAGAGAGCUGUCCAGUGGAAGCAUCCCUAUGGCGACUGACAGCGAAAGCGAGGACACGGACCCGGAGAGUGCUCAGGUUAGCGAACAUGGCUCGGAUGACUCGGAUGAAGUGAUGGUAUGGGGUAGCUGAGGCAUUGGCUCGGUAUCGGGUUGCUAAAAUACACACAUUCGCCGAUACAAGAAGCUGAACUCUUGCGCCUGCUCAUUGUGAGUGGGUCUGCGAGGCGCCGGACUCACGUCACCGACUCGACCUUUACCGAAAAUGCCACGGCGCUCACUUGGAGGUAGUAUCAGGUAGCAUGCUGGGGUAUCAUGCCGGACUCACUCAUACGUGUCAAUGCGAUAUUCGCUCAUGUUCUGGGCGUAGCCGCCAGAGUUAUGUAGUACAUGACCCGGCGUGACAAUGUUUCGUUGGCUUGAGCCUCAGCGCGUCGGCUGGGUACGCUCCUGCGUAAAGCAACGAACGGACACAGAACGUGAAUCGCUCUCAAUGUGAUAGUAGUUUCAGAAUGU